CAAUGCGUCACUCACCAAUUGGUCCGUUCUGUUCAACAGUAAGACCUGACCUACAUUGCCACGACAGUUACAUCAGGAUAAAUAACCUGUGUACGAAGGUGAAAGACAAAUGAAUGAACACAGUCGAAACAAGGAUAGCAGGAUUGUAGUCAAAUUUCCCGCACUUGCGAAGAAACUAUGGAACAGCACCCAGCGUAAAAACAAGUCUUGGGCAAAGGAAGCGUGUACGCCGUGCAGUGUGCUGCUUUUAAAUUUAGACACAUCGCUGAAAGCAAAGUCGUUCCAAGAACUAGAGAAGCAAUGGGCUGUAUGUAUGAAAAAAUGCCUUAAACGGCGCGUCUCUAAAAACUCCAAAAUUAUUGAUAGCUGUCAUUUGUCAAAAACAGACAGGGAAGAAAAUUCCCCUCCUGACAUAAAAGGAUACGAAACUAUGAUAAAAAAAGAACCUCCGUCACCCCAACCCAACCAAACGGACAUCAUUUCAGCGGACAAGAACUCUCUCUCUCAGCUUCUAUCAAAGGGCAGACAAAUAAAUACAUGUAAAUGGGAUCCCAAUGAACAAAGAACAGUGAAGGUCAAAGUAGAACCAGGGGAGCCUGGUUAUAAGGACGCCGUUUAUAAAUUCAGAGAGAACAGACGACGAGGUGUUAACAGAGACUUUGUCAUCAAAGAUUCAGCAGAAAAAUUGUCUCAAGACGCGCCAACACAACCUAGACCAAAACCCGCUGAAACGAAACUAAGACAGAUUGACUCAAUAGACCCGUCACAACAAUUAAAAUCAAAGACUGCUGUUGUGCAACCAAGAAUGUCUUCGACAAACCAUACGCUGAACCCUGUCACCAAGGUGCAAACACCAACCACCCCAACUGCUUCAUCUAAUUUAUCAAAACAGAGAGAAAAUCGUCCAAUUUUACCCCAAACGUGUUCAGCAGUGCGGAUGCCUGCGAGCGCUAGCGAGAAGGUUCGUGGGCAUAGGGAAAUUUUGCCAUCGCUUGCGAGCGCUCGCUCUGCUGAACACGCCUCAGGAGUAGUGAAUAUUGAUAUGUCUAAAGUGUUACCAUCAGGAACUAGUUCUGUAGUUACAACUGUUGACCAGUCAACCGUUCCCCCCGCGCCGCCGCCUUUAGCGCCAUCUAAGGAUGGGAUGUGUAUAUUGCAGCUGAUGAACGGACAAAUGGUACUUCUUCCAAUAGAGACAGUCAAGCAACUGAGUGCCAAUGUUAGUUCUCCUGUUGUCCAAACAAGUGCCGCAGCCAAUGUUGUAAACGUACCCACAAUAUAUUCGCUUAAUCCGGGCACUGCCGACCCGUUCAUAUCCCCAAUGGUUCAGCCUGGGAUAACAUAUCUUGCUCCCACUGCUCCAAAUCUCGUAACUCCGACAAUAAUGCCCCAAGUCUGCAACUUCGCGCCAGGAAUUGUGGGACAACAAGGUACAACAAACCAAAUCGUAUUUAUGCCACAGACUAGCAUUCCAAAUACAACAUUAUUAUGUCAACAAAAUGGUAAGCAGGCAAAUAUUAUUUCCACUCCUAACGCUGUACCAUCGUCUAUUCAGUCACCAAAUAUAUUACCUCUUGCCCAGCAGCAAAUUUAUUCUGUUCUGCCCGCUCCAAACCCAGUUACACCAACUGUAAAUACCAAACCAAUCAGCAAUACGUCCUAUCUCCGGCUCGCUGACGGUCAGCUAGUCCCUAUUAUCAAUGAUUCUGCCAUCCUUGGCACCAACCAACCGUCCACAACAACAAUAAAGAGUGAAAAUGGCGGAGUGACCACCGUCUCGUUUUCUGCACAGUCCGGUCUACCUAUCACAAACAGUGUUCUAUCCACCAACGUUCCGCCGACAGUCAACCCUGUUCAGUAUGUUCAAACAGCCCCUCCUCCUCCUCCCAUUAAUGGCGCCGUUAUUUCCGGUUCUUCGCAAUUCCUUCAGUUUCCGAAUGGUUCCUUGGUCCCGAUCGUUAAUCAGAACGUUUCAAAAACUAAUAAUCGAACACCUGUCGUUUUACAAACGAAUGCAAAUGUUCCUGUUCAACAAACUCUGUCGGUCCAGAGAAAUCCAACACGCGAUGCCGUGAAUACCAGUGAUCUUGUGAAGAAACAAAUUCAGAACUCUAGGGUGCGGAUUAUUAGACCAGCGCAGACACAGGUGGCUCCACAAACCGUCAAGAUAGCGUCUAUUCAAGAUGCCGUGAAUGAAAACACAAACCAAAGUGGACCCAAGUUUCAAGAAUCUAUUUUUCAGAUAUUGAAUACCAAGACAGAUCUUUUUCAAAGUGAAGACGCGCCCAAAGAAACAACCUCAGGAUUGUUAAAGAAAUCAGUACCCCCUAUUCUUAAUUCCAACAAGACUAAUCACAAAAAUGAAACGUCCAAUUGCAUUGAUCCGAACAAGCCAGCUAGUGGUCCCAAUACUUCCCCACGUACUGCUAGAAAUAAGAACGUUGUUCCAUUUUAUGCUGUGGCGCCAAAACCCGACCCCCGUUUCCUUGAUCCCGACGUCAAACAUGUGUCUGCACCAACAAAGCAUGAUGGCGAACCGCGUCCACCAAAAACCGGCAGCAAAAGAAAGUCAGUGAACAUUGUGAGGGAGGAGUUUGACGCUCGCAAGAGGACGAAGGGCCGUGGGGCUCCGAAGCCCAGCGGAAGGACAUAUUUUACACAGGAAGUAAUAGAUGUGGAUGAGGAGGAUGAAAGGAAGAAAAUGGCGGGAAAAGAUGGCCAACCUCAGUAUAUGUUUAUGAGAAACGUUUCUAAGCCAGAAUUCCGACCUGUGUUGCUGGAUUCCACCAUUGAAGAAAAAGGUUUACGUAUACCCGACAGUAUGCUUAUUUGAAUGAAGAUAGGGUAAUAAUACCCCUGAUGUCCGUAUAUAUAAAAGUUCACAAUUCAAAAUGACGAUGGUCAUUAAGAAAUGGGUCUCUAGAUUAUGCAAAAGGUUUUGUGUAUACGUACAGAUUUUGAAUAUGUAGAUUACCAGCUACAUUCUUGAAAUGAUAUAGAGUUUUUGUGAAUAAGACUUUUUUUUUUAUUUGAUUCGCGUAACCACAGUUGUGAUUAUGUUUGUUCCGUUUCAUUGCGAGCAGUAAUGCAGUGUGUGCUAUUAGAUUAUUACUUCUGUUAAUUCUUGGUGUUUCCAAUUGAUGUGUUAGAUAUUUGAAUAAAACUCAAUGAACGAUGAAAAAA